AUGAUAUCCUACAGCCAAAGAGCCAUCCGUCGCGAUGCCGACUCCCACGAAAAGCAGCCCGCCCUGUUCGAUACGCUCGAUGACCGCGAUCAAUCGGGAUUGGAGACUGCAGCCCAUGGCACUGAGUGGACCGAACAUCGUUCCACUACAGAAACUCUGCAGAUGCCAUGGCCAAAGCGCCUUGAAGAACUUGCUCGCCGCACAGGCAUGUCAUCAACUUUCAGUUUGGAUGAGGAGAGUGCGCAAAGUAUGCAUCACCAUCUGGACGCGCUGGAGCGCAUUCUCGGCGAUUUCCCGCAGAAGCCGAUGCAGGAGAUCGUGCGGAGUCGGAGUCGGAGUCAAAGUGGGCGUUCGGGAUCGGUUGCAUCUGAUAUCACAUCACAACCCGAAGAGUCAAUACUGACGGCGCCGGAUCAGAGCGAUCAUGAUGGUAUAAAUAAGGAAGAAAUGAUAUCCCAAUUACAAGGUCUUAUGAGCGAGGUUACUAUCUUGAAUGAGGAGGUAAAUAAGCGGCGCAAGGAAUCCAGCGAAAUAAGAGACCUCUUUGAAGAGAGGUGUCGCGGAUUGACGCGCACAGUGGCAGAAUUGGAAGACGAGGUACUAGAAUUACAAGGGGAUCUGGUAGAAGAUUCGAUUGAGCUAGAGGGGAUACAAGGCACUGUGCGCGGACUUCAAGAUUGGAUCGACCGGUUGCGUGAAACGCAAAAGAUGAGUCGCAUAGCGCGUGAUCGAUCGCAGCAAGAGGCUCGGCGACGAUGGGCGAUCCGGAGAACUAGCCAAGACGUCGGCACGGAAACGGAUGGAGAGAUUGUUUUGGACGGCCUCACGGCCUGGAUGCGCGGUUGGCGGGAUGUUGAAGAGGGAUUCCAGGUGCGAUCACAGGCACGGCAGAUGAAGAGAGAAAAAAGACAGGAGCAGCACUUGCGGCCAAGAGAAAAACUGGAGGAGAUGUCUCGGAGAUCCUGGCCCGGUUGA